AUGACGACUGCCAAUUCUUCCUACCAGCUCCUAUGCAUCGGUAAUCCAUUACUGGAUAUGCAGACAUCAAAUGGCCAGGCUCUUCUUGAAAAAUACAAGCUCAAAGCAAACGAUGCCAUCUUGGCCAACCCAGAGCAUAUGGGGUUGUACACAGAGAUUGCAAACGCCCCAGAUCUCAAGUAUGUCGCAGGAGGUGCUGCUCAAAAUGCCGCGCGAGGUGCAGCCUAUGUUCUCCCACCAAACUCGGUCGUAUACGUUGGAUGUGUAGGAGAUGACGAUCUCGCUGAAAAGCUUCGCGAGGCAAACGCCAGGGAAGGUGUCGAAAGCGCAUACCUCGUCAAGCAAGGCGAGCAGACUGGAGCUUGCGGCGUUGUGAUCACUGGACACAACAGAUCUCUCGUCACCACGUUACGUGCGGCAGAAAAGUUUGAAAAGGACCAUCUCCUGAGCGAAAAGGUCUCUGCGCUGAUCAAAGGCGCAAAUUACUUCUACAUUGGCGGCUUCUUCCUCACACAUGGAGUAGAAAGUGCCCUUCAUCUCGCAAAAACGGUAUCGAGUGCCGGCAAGGUCGUCGCACUCAAUCUCUCCGCACCCUUUAUCCCCCAAUUCUUCAAGGUCCAACUAGAGACUAUCAUCCCUUAUGCAGACUAUAUCAUCGGCAACGAGUCUGAAGCCGAGUCAUGGGGGAGUGCUGCAGGACUCGCUGAUCCAAAGGACCACGUAGAAGUCGCACGUUCAAUUGCCUUGUUGCAAAAGGCCAACCCAUCCCGACCGCGUAUCGUAGUGAUCACUCGUGGUUCGGAUUCAACUGUCGUCGUCAGUUCUGCUGAGCCGGAAAACCCCAAGAUUAUCGCGAUAAACAAGCUCGAAGAUAGCGAGAUUGUCGAUACGAAUGGUGCGGGUGACGCCUUUGCAGGAGGAUUCAUGGGUGGACUCGUUCUCGGAAAGUCUCUCGAGGAGUGCGUGGAGAUUGGCCACAAGAUGGGAGCCAUGAACAUUCGACAGGUUGGCCCUCAGUACGCUUGGCCAAAGGUCCAAAUCAUAGAUAACUAG